GAAUAAAAUCAGAUGUCAAUUUUGCAAGACAAUAGAGAAGUUUUGCGUGAGUGAAAUGUGAAUUUUGCUACUGAAAUAUCGUGCUGAUCGUGUGAGAAAGUUCGUGUUGACUGUGAAUAUGGUUGAACCAAUAUUCCAAUAUCAGUUUAGGUUUAUUUUGAUUGGCGACAGCACCGUGGGAAAGUCAUCACUGCUGAAAUUCUUCACAGACGGACGAUUUGCUGAGCUCUCGGAUCCCACAGUGGGUGUGGACUUCUUUGCCCGACUCAUCGAAGUGCAGGAUGGCACGAAGAUCAAGCUUCAGCUGUGGGACACGGCGGGCCAGGAGAGAUUCCGCUCAAUCACAAAGUCGUACUACAGGAACUCCGUGGGCGUGCUGCUCGUGUACGACAUCACGAACCACGAGAGUUUCGAGCACCUGCCGCUGUGGAUGAUGGAGGCGAAGCGCCACAUAGAGCCCCAUCGGCCGGUGUUCGCGCUGGUGGGCUGCAAGCUGGAUCUAGUCAAUAGCGGUGGGCGGCGCGAGGUGAGCGUCCAGGAGGCGAAGUCCUUUGCCAAGCAGCACGGCCUGGGCGGCUUCGUGGAGACCAGCGCGCGCACGGGCGUCAAUGUGCUGGAGGCGUUCAGCAUGGUGACUCAGGAGGUGUACAAUCGCAUCCAGAGCGGCGAGUACACGGUGGAGGACGGCUGGGACGGCAUUAAGACGGGCUUCGCCAAGACCAACAGCCUCGACUUCAAUCUCGUCAUGGGCGAACCGGCCAAGAGUUCGUGCUGUUGACUUGGCGCUCGCCAAUCAACUUUGGGAUACAUUUUUAGAUGUAAUGUUUUAUGCUAAAUACAACCCUGUCUCACGAGAGAA